UCCGAAGGGUUCUGGGAAUUGUAGUUCGCGGGUCCCCCUGCGCCGGCGCAGUACCAGGCGCUUGGGGCGUUCAGCCCAUCUUUUUCUUGUUUCUUUUCUUUUUUUGUGCAGUGACUCCGGGGCAGCAGUCUUUCAGAGAUCAUGGGCAGAAGCUCAACCAUCACACCUCAGAUUCUUCAAGACUCUGGGAGGCAGCUCCUCUGGACCUUGUGAUUUGAACUGAUCAAAGAUUCUGGCUUUUUCCAAGAAGGGAGAACUGAAGGAAAGGAGAAGAUGACUUCUGGGUUCCUGGCAGCCUGGACUCAGAAAUCACUGACGUUCCAGGAUGUUGCUGUGGAGUUCACUCAGGAGGAAUGGGGGCUGUUGGAGCCAGCUCAGAAGGACCUGUUCAGGGAAGUGAUGCUGGAGAACUAUGAGAACUUUGUGUCCCUGGGGCUUCCUGUUUCCAAGCCAGCUGUGACCUCUUACCUAGAGAGAAGGGAAACUUUCAGGCUUCCAGAGGGAGGAGUCCCAAGAGGCACUUACCUAGAUUUUCUUCAUGAAUAUAAUAUAUUUGGACGAAAAUAUAGUCUGGGGACUAUCCUCAUCCCAUGGCAGAGAAUUCCUAUAGGAAAAUAUCUCCAUAACUACGAUACACUUGGAAAGAGCUUCAAACAUUUUUCAGAUCUCAUUGAACAUAAUAGAAUUUCUAUAGGGGAAAAUAUUUGUACUUAUAAUAAAUGCAAGAAGCCCUUCACUUACCACUCAAAUGGCAUUCAUUACAAUGAAAUAUUUAAUCAAGAAAAACAUCCUAAAUUUGAUGAAUUUGGUGAAGCCUUCAGCAUCAAUUCAUGUCUUCUGGUACAUCAAAGAAUUCAUACUCCAUUGAAGCCAUUUGAAUAUAAUGAAUGUGAGAAAGCCUUUAGCCCAAAAGGAAAUCUCUUUUCACAUAAGAGAAUUCACAGUGGAGAAAAACCCUAUAAAUACAAUGGAUAUGGAAAAGUCUUCAGCCACAGUCAAAAGCUAUCUCCACAUCAAAGAAUCCAUACUGAAGAAAAGUAUCAUAAUUUUAAUGAGUGUGAGAAAAUUUUCAUGCAGAGUUCAUCCCUUAUGCAGCAUCAAACAAUUUAUACUGAAGGGAAGCCCUAUACAUGUAAUCAAUGUGGGAAAAUCUUUAGCAGUAAUAACUUUUUAAUUCAACAUCAAAGAAUCCAUACUGAAGAAAAGCCCUAUAAAUGUAAUGAAUGUGGGAAAGCCUUCAUGGAUAAUCAAAACCUAUCACAACAUCAAAGAACCCAUACUGGAGAGAAACCCUAUAAAUGUAAUGAGUGUGGAAAGGUCUUUAUUAAUAAUCGAAACCUAUCACGACAUCAGAGAAUACAUAGUGGAGAGAAGCCCUAUAAAUGUAAUGAGUGUGGGAAAGCCUUCUGUACCACUUCUCGUCUUGACGUACAUAAGGUAAUUCACCCUGGAGAAAGACUCUUUGAAUGUAAUGAAUGUGGGAAAGGCUUCAGGUUUAGGUCUGCCUUUAUGAAACAUCUGAGAAGUCAUACUGGAGAGAAACCCUAUGAAUGUAAUGAAUGUGGGAAAGCUUUUAGCUGGAAGGGAAACCUUAAUACACAUAAGAGAAUUCAUACUGGGGAAAAACCAUAUUUAUGUAAUGAAUGUGGGAAAGCCUUUAGCAAUAAUGAAAGCCUAACACGACAUCAAAGAAUCCAUACUGGAGAAAGACCCUACAAAUGUAAUGAAUGUGGGAAAAGCUUCAGGCAAAGUUCAUCUCUUAUGCAGCAUCAUAGAAUUCAUACUGGAGAGAAACCUUACAAGUGUAAUGAAUGUGGGAAAGCUUUCAAUAAUAGUCAAAACCUAACAAGACAUCAAAGAAUCCAUACUGGAGAGAGACCCUUUGAAUGUAAUGAAUGUGGGGAAGGCUUCAGAUUCAGCUCAAGUCUUAUGAAACAUAAGAGUAGUCAUAUUGGAGACAAACCUUAUAAUAAUAAUGAAUGUGGGAUAAAUUUCAGCCAGAAGGGAAACUUUAAUACACUUGAGAAUUCAUAUAGGUGACAUUCCCUACCCCCCAGCUCUUUGAAUCUAAUGAAUGUGGGAAACCUUUAAUCAGAAAGGAAACCUUAAGAAAACUAACACUAAAACUAAUACUAAUAUUAAGGAAAAACCUUUUUAGUGUAAUGAGUGUCAAAAAGCUUUCAAAUGGUAUGGAAACAUAGUCCUCCUGCCUAGACAUAGACAAUAGGAGCUAGAAACCUGUUGAAUGUAAGGAAUGUGAGAAAAGUUUCAUGAGGAAGCCACACUUGCUGCACAUUAAAGCUUUCAUCCUGAUUACAAAGACAUUCAGGGUAAUGAAUGGGGGAAGACUUUCAGAGUAGAGACCUGGAGGACAGUAAGAAACUACUGGAGAGGGAAAUUUUUUUUAAUGUAAUGAAUGUGUGGAAAUACUCAGGCUGGGUCAGGUUUUUGCUACAUAUAAGGGAAUUAUUACUGUAUAGAACUUCAUAUAAUGUAUGUGGGGAAAGUUUAAGCUAGUGGGAACACCUUUCAGAUAAUUAGUACUCAUGAGAAUCUUCAUGAAUAUAGUUUAAAGCUUAUGGGAGAUUUCAUUACCUGUGUAGAUGUACUCAUAUAGGAAAAGUUUCAGAAAAUUGUGUAGUCACAGAAUUUCAGAGUGGGAAGGGGCUGCAGAGAUCAUCUAGUCCAGCCUUUAUCUGUGAAAGAAUCUGUAUACACAAUCAAGUAAGUCAUUAUCCAGCUUUUGUUUUAAGACCUUGAACAAAGGUGAAACUACUAUCUCCUGAGGAAACCAGUGCCACUUUUGGAUAAUGUUAAUCAUGAGGAAAUUUGUCUUUAUGUUAAACCUCUUUAAUCGCCACCCCAUUUCUCCUAGUUUUACCCAUUAGAGCCAAGCUGAACAAGCAUAAUCCCCAUUUCCCUUUGACAGCCUAUAAAAUGUUUGAAGUGGACUUUUAUGACCUCACUGGGUCUUCUCUUCUUCCAUGGUUCAUAUACCCAUUUCCUUCAACUCAUCCUCAUAUGAACUGAACUAGUUGCUCAUCACUAUGCUGGUUGCUCUCCUCUGUGUCAUUCCUAAGAUGAAGUGCCCAGAAGUAAUAAAUGCAGCAAGACUCUCGCCUCUGUCACUCUGGGUCCUAUGCCCUUCCUAAUGUAGCCCAAGGUGAGAUGGGCAUUUUUGGCUGCUCUUUGGCUCUGUUGACUCCUGUUGAGCUACUCUUAGGACUCUUUGUUUUUAAUAGAUGGAUGGCUAUAUAACUUUGCCACCUCUACUUUGUACUCAUUCAAUUAAUGUUAAUGUUUUGAACCCAAGUAUAAAACUUCAUAUUUAUCCCCUUACACUUCAUCUUAUUUAUUUUGUCCCAGUGAUCUCAUAGCUAAGAUAUUUUCAAUUCUUAUUGUGUUACCUUGUGUGAACUCUCCCAGUAUAUGGGCCAUAUUUAUUAUGGGGAGAGUUAAUUGGGCAGCUCGCCAUAAUAUUGGGGUAAGAAAGGAGAUUAACAGCCUCUUUUCCACAAACAAAUCAGGUUUUAUUAAUGGGAAAAAAAUCUACUACACAGGUGAAGUUAACAGAGCCAGGGACAAUGAGAAAGGGGAUAGAGAAAGGGAAAGAUAAGACCCACUUCCCAGAUGAUUAGAAUCUAAAUCUCUAGGACAAAAAGGCCUCAGGCACCCCGAAUGAGCCCGGCUUGGACAAAAACCGACUCAAACCUUAAACUUGCCUCCAGCUCAGCUAGCCCAAAGAUCUAGCCUCACUUCAACAACACAAACACCACCACCCGGAAUCCACAGUUCCAAGGAGAAUCAGCUGCACAGUGUCCUCCGGCUCAGUCCACCACACGAACGUCUCUCCUGUGUCAAAAAGCAAGCCCUCUCCUCCUGGCCUUCCUCCUGAAACCUCCCAAGAAACCAGAAACAGGGCCAUCCACACACACAGCCCCAAGCUAAUUGGCUGGCAACUUUGACAAGUCCCACGAGCAAACAUCACUUCCUGACACUGAAGCUGCAUGGCUUUCAAGAUUACAUCUUUUCAGUUUGACCAUAAUGAAGCAAAGAUGUGGUCAUGGAAACCCUAAAUCACAAUUAAUUCCUUAUACCAGGUUUGUGUCAUCUGAAAAUUUGAUGUGAUAGGUAUUCCCUCUCUGGCUUGAUCCAAACCAUCAAUAGUAAUGUUAAACAGUAUAAGUCCAAGCACAGAUCUCUUGGACAUUCCACUGGAGAUUUCCUUCUAUGCUGAUUUUGAACCAUCGACAGAAAAUUGAAUCAUAAUUCAACACUGGAGAUACAAGGUGUCAGAUUUUCUCCCUGGCUACAAUUGUAUGUUGCUUUUAGGGAGAAAAAGGAACAGGCAUUAUGUCCCUCUUUCUGGUGGUACACAGCUGACACUAUUAUAGGUGCUAUGGGAGAUUAAGUAAAAUAUGGUCCCCAAUUUCUUGCAGUUUGCAGUCAGGGUCUGGGGGUAAGGGUGGAAGAACAUGACACAUAAAUAACUAAUACAAAAUGAUACAUGAUAAAUAUAGUUUUUGUUGUCCCAAGUAGGGAAGAAUCAUUACUUAAUUUUUAGAGUUUUUUUUAACAAGCACUUAUUAAGCACCCAAUAUGUUCCAGGCACUGUGCUAAGCACUUUAUAAUAUUAUCUCAUUUUAUCUUCACACCAAUCCUGGGAGAUAAGUGUUAUUAUUAUCCCUAUUUUGUAGAUGAAGACUCUGAGGCAGACAAGUUAAGUGACUUGCCUAGGAUCAUACAGUGAGGUCAGAUUUGAAUUCAGGUCUUCCUAACUCAAAGUCCAGGGCUCUAGCUACUUCACUACCUGGCUGUCUCUCACAUAGUGAGAGCAUCAGAGAAAGAUUCAUGGAGAUUAUAUGUGCUGAGCCCUAAAGUAUAGGGAGAAUUUCAACAGAUAAAAAUAGCAGUGGGAAGGUCAUUACAGAUUUAGUAAGCACCUUCAACAAAGGUAGUAUGGACAGUGAUGGAGGGCUAGUCAAGAAUCUGAUUUGGCCAGAUCAUAGGUUGUACAUAAGAGGUGACUGUAGUAUAGGGGUCUGCACUAGAAGAUCACAUAUCACCAAGUGGUGAGUUAUUUUCUCCUUUUAGGAUCCAUAUUCCAUGCUGAUGUUCUGUAGAAUCCCACCUGCUUGACAGAAGUUCUAUACAAAUGGUACUUAUAUUCACAACUUUAGAUCAAUGACUAACUGAUCUGAUACCCUGAGUCAUUUUAUCUUAGGUACUUCUAAUCACAGUACGAUCACCCAGGUUUAAAAACAACAAAAUUUCCCAAGUAGUUUAGAACUCCAUUCCCUUUUUGCACGUGCUGCUGAAAAAUGGCAACCCUUUACUGCCUGAAAUUCUUUGGGUUCUAUAAAAUUAAUAGAAUUCCAUUGGACAGAAGCAGACCAUCUCUUCCUUGUUUGCAGUAGGGAUCUGAAAGUACCCACUGUGUAGAUAUGUCCCUUGGAAUGACCAUUUGGACCAAGGCAUAGUUUGAUACUCCAAACAUACUUUAAAAUCGAGGAAAAAAUUAAGAAAUGUUGUUUUAAAAGUUCAGGAAACAGCUAAUAGAUUAGAGUGUAGAGUACAUAAGGGGGAGUUAAUUGGAGAUAAGAUUGGAAAGCAAAGGUGGGAGCCAGUGUGCAGAAAGCUUAAAUGCCAGGCUGAGGAGUUUGGGUCAUAAGUGAGAAGACUUUGGGAGCCAUCUAAGACCCAUUUUGUUCUGACACAUUAAAAACACCUGCCUACCCCCGUGGUGGCUUACUCCAGCAGUUAAACAAGAGCAUCUAGUGAUGAAAGAAGCAAAUGAGGGCAUCUUUGUUUUAUGUUUGGGGCAGGAUUUGGGGGGAUAAGUAUGUGAUUUCAUGGUUCAAGUGUUAUGCAAUGGGGAACCUCCCACAGUAUUAUCCAUUACAUUGAAAGAGUCCUGGAUUUGGAAUUAGAUGGCCCUGGCUUUAAGACUUGGAUCUGAUUUCUACUAACUGGGCCACUUGGCUUUUCUGGGUAGGGUCUUGGACUAAAUUAACUCUAAAGUCACUUUAAGUUCUGCACGUACAUACCUGAUAGGUAUGCCUAAUGUUUGUAGUUUGCUGGGGGUUUUUUCAUAGAAAGGGAGGAUGUGUCAUUUUAUCAUAGUGAUUUGGAGCCAUCCUUACUGUGGCCAGGCCUAUAUACAUUAUGAAGAAGGAAGCAGGUUUAAGGGAGCAGCUAGGAUUUCCUGGGCAUAGUGCCAGUGCUGCAGUAGGGUUGGGCUUUCUCAGGGGAAGUGCCAAUCCUAUAGGGCAGUUAGAUUAUAAACCACUGGUACUUAAGAGGAUUCUGGUGGCCAGCAGCUCCCCUUCCUCAUAGACAGCCAGAGCAUAAAGGUUUCUUUGUUUCAUGCUCAACUAAAGGUUUUGCACAGGUAAUGUAUCUGGUAAACCCUGGCCCCAGACACAUUAAACCUCCUAAGAUCAUAUUGCCUCAGUAUGCCUGAGGCAUCCAAAGCAGCCAUUUGGUGAGCAUCACAUCCAUGAGGGAAAGGGAGACAAAAUGAGACCACCAACUGAAUGAGAUUUGGGUCAGCGGAAAUAAGAACCAUCACUGGGAAUAUUAAUAUGUAUCCUCUGUAUUCAAUAACUGUAUCCUUAUUCUAAGUAAAUUUAUUCUUUUAGAUUCCUUGCUUGCGCAUUGUAUUCAACGCAAGUUUUGUUACAUUUUAGUAUUGUUUCAUUUACAUCAUUUAAGUUAUACUUUAUAUUAUUCUUUUAGCUCUUCUUUCUUCACUGUUACUUAAUACAAGCUUUUCUGUUUUUCUCUGAAUUCAUAUUUAUCAUUACAUUCUUAUAACCCUGUUUGUUCAGUCAUUUCCCAAUUAUUGAACCCAUUUCCUCCCAUAUUUUUGCUAUUGCAUAUAAUCCUGCACAAACUAUUUUGGCAACUCUGUGUUCCCUUAGGUGUUUUCUGCAUUUGCUUAUGGGCUGCUGUACAUCAGUUGCAUCUUCUACAUUUUCAGCAAAUCUGUUGGUUAAAAUAAAAGCUAUCCCUGUAUCCAGUACUUUCUGUUACCUUGAGUGCUUUAAUAUGAACUAAGGAAUUUUGAUACAAAUGAUUUUCAGAAAUUUCCCAGAGUGAACUCUGGGCUUUGAUUUAAUGACCUGCAAACUGAGACUGAUAUUUUAUGUUGACUCCUGAGAUCAGAAAUAGUUUGUAAGAAUCCAGAGUUUGAGUGACCCCAAAUCUUUCCACCUCUCUGCAGGAAGCUGGAGUUUAGGAGCAUUAUCCAUGAACCCCAACUCUGAUCCCAGAUGCUUCUGCUACAAAGUAGCCAUUAAUGAGCCUGGGGCAGAGAGGAUAGCUUCCCCCCAGUAACCACCUCUCCAGAGAAUUCUCAGAAUCUCAGAGGAAGAAGGGUACAAAAGACAGUGGAAAACAGCAAAAAAUGCUGCUGAUGUUUACUGUGGUAAAUUUCUGGACAUGGCCUAUGUGAAACUUAAGCAUAACAGGGUCCAUAGCUCCUGUACAAGCACUCAGUGUUACUAUUCGCAUAAGGUUCAGGAUGAAGCUGUUAUUUCACUCCAGAGACAAUGCAGAAACCCAAAAGACUUAAGAGGAGACUAUAAACAAAUGUAGAAAAUGCAUAAAGGAACUUGAAAUUGCCUAGAAGCAAUGCACAGCUUUCUUCUCUCACUGUUGAGCUCUGCUUUUCUACCAGGGUCCUGAAGUCCUGACACAGCACAUCUGGGCCAUGGAUUCCAUUCCUCUUGGAAGGCAACCGAACUUAUGGUUGCUACUCAACAUUGUUUGGAAUUCCUUGACUCCCCACAAUUCUCUCUAAGACUUGCAGUGCCAAAUUGUGAUUUGCACUCCCCUUAGGAGGGAAUACACACUUCAAGGUUCCUGACCAGGUAAUGCCCAUCCUUUCAGACAAACACUGUAUUGGAAUAACUCUUGGUUCUUUUCAUUUCACUCAGAAUUUCAGUUGGAAAAGGAGGAAGGCCAAGCAGGUUUGUUGAUUCCCUUUUAGGCCCUCACAAAAGGCAUCUCCUCCCUACAGAAUCCUUUUUCCCAAGACUUAUAACCAACUCACUUAUCUUGGGGACAAACUAAUCAUUAAAACAUUCCCUAGGAUAGUCAUCUCCAAGAGGAAGAAAAUAUUAGUUUCUAUUUCUGUUCAUUUAAGCACAUAACUUUUGGAUGGACACUGGUACCCUAACUCAGUGUGUAUGUCAGUAUGGUUUUCUAAGGGAAAAAUGAGAGUAACAGAUUCCAGGGGCAUUCACAGUGGCACUUUCAACCAUUCAUUUGCUUUCAGUAUAUUAUUGUAUUAUGAUUUAUGUGUUCCUGGGCAAGUGGAUUUCUAGAUCAUAUUAUAGUCUUAAUUAAAUGAACAUUCACAAAAUUUACAAGUGCUUUCAAAGGAUUCCUGCAAAAAAUCCUCAGAUUGAAGAUAACACUCAUGAUGUGAUUUAAAAAAACAAACUAAAGGAAAAUUGGCAGAGCCAACUCCUCCUACUCCUAGCCUAGCUCUUGUUGUUAUUGUUGUUUUUGUGGGGCAAUGGGGGUUAAGUGACUUGCCCAGGGUCACAUAGCUAGUAAGUGUCAAGUGUCUGGGGCUGGAUUUGAACUCAGGUACUCCUGAAUCCAGGGCCAGUGCUUUAUCCACUGCGCCACCUGGCUUCCCCCCUAGCCUAGCUCUUUCUGCCAUGUUACAAUUUAAAAACAACAAUGAGCUAAUCAGAUGCUACAUGCUGGGCAAAAAUAUUGCCACAUUAUUUGAAAUAAGGAUUUACGUCCCCUAUAAUUAAUGGUGAACCUUGCCCUAUGUGAUAAGAGCCUGCAUUACCUUCUAAAGUUCUGACACAUAGGCAAGGCUAGCUUUUUUUAGGGCCUUGCCCCACUCAGAAGAGGCAAAAUUUUCAUUUAAAGGUAUUGAAACUAUACUGAGGACUUAAUUGGCCCAUGAACCAGGGCAGUGGCCUCAAUUUCAAAGCCAGGACAGGAGGAAUCGAGCUUCUGCUUUGGGCUUUGGACCAGUAUGGCCAAUCCAGAGACAGGUGAGGUACACCCAGCUGAAUCAAUGCCAGACAGGUAGUACAGAGGGCUGGGCCUGGAGUUGGGAAGACCGUAGCCCAAACCUAGCAUCAGUUGCCAGUUGUGUGACCUUGGGCAAGUCAGUUAACCUCUGCUUCAUUUUUCCUCUAUGAUAAAAUGAGGAUAAUAAUAGCACUUGCCCUCUGGGGUUGUUGUGAAGAUCAA